UGCCGCGCUCCCGCGCGGCCUCGCGCCCUGCUCCGGCCCCCCGCGGCCGCGUCGCGCCCGGCGGCGCCCCCCCCCCUCCGCCCCAGCUGGCGGGCGGCCCCGGCGGCGGCCGGCCCGCGCCGGGCUCACGCCGCUCUCUGCCGCGCUCACCGCGCGGCCUCGCGCCCUCGGCCCCGGCGGCGGCCCGCGCCGGGCUCCCGCCGCUCUCUGCCGCGCUCC